AUGGCGAGUACCAGUAAUUCGAGGAAGAGAAAUCUUACAGGAAAAUUACUUGAACAAGCACUUGAACAGUGGGUAGAAGAAGAUAAUGAGCACGAGUUUAGUGAUGUAGACGACGAAGUAACUGAUCAAAAUGUUACAAUUGAAGAAAAAGAACAUGUUGAGAGUGAGAUUUCAAAAGUCGAAGAAGUAGAAAUUGAAACAUCGAGUGAAGGGACAAAUCGUUCUACUAAUACGCCUGACUCGAACCGCAAUUGUUAUCGAGAUUCAAAGGAUAUGCAAGUAUUGAGCGAACCGUUUUCAACUUAUGAUGAAGGAUAUACCAAUAAUGUGCAAACAGAAAGGACACCAGUUGCUACUCCGUUAAGCAAAACUAUCUCUUUUAUGGAUUCUUUGUCAUCACCAAUCCCAGAUAUCGAUAAAAAUAAAAUAAAGAAGAAAAUUUUCGAGCUGAAUGUAUUAUCAAAUUCUCUUGAAUCAUAA